CUCGACAAGGACGCUGUUUUUCGCGGAGGGAUCUUCUUGGGAUUGAACGGAUUUUCAAAUAGCUUCAGGGACAUUUUGAGAUCCUAAAUAAAAUUGGAGAUACGCGUAAACUGAUGGUUAAUACAGGCAAAAUGUUCUUUCCGCCGUUGCGUAGUCGUGGUAACCGUCAGGACACCACGCAGCUAGCUAAUGCUAAUUGCUAGGUAGCUAGUAGCAUACUGGAAUUAUACUUCUCAUAUCUGACUUUUAAUUAAUAGAGUUCACCGCGAUACAAGUAGCUUUUUCUUUACUAACUUUUAAUGAGUAUAUUUACCUCCAUAUAGACAACUUAGUUAAAUUCCCUACGUAGUUCAAUUCAGAGUACAAAACGCAGGCGUACUGCGCGCGCAAGUACGAAUGUUCCAUUAAAAAACAGGUACAAAAGUGUAACUGUUAGACGCUUAAUACGACCUUUGAUUAAUUAUUGGAACAAUUUUAAAUUUGCUAUGCAUUCAUCAGUGAUGUUGUAUGUUAUUGUAUCACGUUUCGGCUUGGUAUUUAAAGUCGUUCGCCCCCGUGAAGUCGAGAAAAUGGAACAUUCGACAAGGUGACACCAUGUGGAGGGAUUCCCUAACCCUUGCUGUAUCAUUAGUUGGUAUAAUCGCCUUGUUUUGAAUUUUUUCGACAUAAACAUGUUUUCACCUAUAUACACCAUAGGUGUGUAGAUCGCGAUAUAUAUCGCCGGUGGAUAACAUGUAGUCCAGCCCCAGUGGCCUAAUGGAUAAGGCACUGGCCUCCUAAGCCAGGGAUUGUGGGUUCGAGUCCCAUCUGGGGUGGUCGCAUUUUCGUUUUCUCCGGAAUGAUCUAGACAUACCAACAGCAAGAUUCUCUUUUAAUUCAGUUCAGUGUCAAUAUUUUAUUUCGGAAAUGCUGGACAACUACAAAAAAUUGGAGCAGCAGGCUAUUAAACUGUGCAUCCUGUUGAACGCUUUGGCUGCAUCGGUGCACACUUGGCACCUCAGUGAGGCCACUGUGUACUGGGAUGCUGCCCAGAAAAGGGUGAUCCUGAAGGAAGGGGUGACAGACACACAGGGUGGCGCUUUUGGUUACUUCAAUGAUACGUUGCACCUCACCGGAUGGGGUGUCUUGGAGAUUUGCGCCGGCUACGGAGGCGUCAAACAAGAAGAUGAGACAGCGUUCUUUUUGGCUGGCUACCUUGAAGGCUACCUCACAGCUGAGCAGAUGUUUAAUCAUUACUCCAACAUGUAUCCACAGCUAAUCAAGGAUGACAACGUUCUGAAACCAUUGAAAAGAUUCCUAAGUAAACAGGACCAGUGGGCCAGAGAACAAGUGAAGCUGAGGAAGAACAGCGACUCCCUGUGGAAACAUUUGGGACUGAUUCAAGCCCAACUGGAUGGCCUAAUUGCUGGGGCAGCACAGUGGGCCAAAGGCAAACACAUAGAUCCUCUGUCGCCAUUCGCUGUCCAGUUUCUGAAUGGAGUCGGUGACCUCCUGGACCUCGUCCCUGCGCUGACACCUCGGCCCAACUCCACCGGGCCAGUUGCUUUCAGGAUGCCGGGAAUGGGCCAUUGCACAGCUCUCAUAAAGGUGACAUCUGGCUUUGAAAACCUACUGCUAGGCCACUCCAGCUGGUAUAAUUACGCAUCCACCAUGCGCAUCUAUAAACACUUGGACUUCAGAGUGUCUAACGUGGCUACUGGAAGAAUGUCAUUCAGCAGCUACCCUGGCUUCCUCACAUCUCUGGACGACUUCUACCUGCUGGAGAGCGGCCUGCUGAUGACUCAAACGUCUAUCGGCGUCUUCAACGCCUCCUUGUUUUCACAGCUCAGCCCUCACAGCCUGCUGGCCUGGCAAAGAGUACGCUUGGCCAACAGCUUAGCGCGCAGCGGCGAGGAGUGGGCGCAGAUCUUCUCCAAGUACAACUCUGGUACAUAUAACAGCCAGUAUAUGGUGGUGGACUUGAGUAAGGUUUUACCUAGGCAUAGUAUCAGGACUGGAGCUCUGACGGUUGUGGAGCAGAUUCCUGGGAAAGUAAUCUACAGUGACCAGACCCAAGCUUUACGUGGAGGGUACUGGCCGUCUUACAACAUUCCAUUUCACAUUGACAUCUACAACCUGAGUGGGUACGAUGUGAUGUGGAGGAGAUACGGCGAAGACUUUUCCUAUGACCUUUGCCCCAGAGCCAAAAUCCUCCGUCGGGACCAGGCCAAGGUUUAUGACAUCAGAUCACUCAAGCACAUCAUGAGAUACAACAACUACAAACGAGACCCUUACACCAAAGGCCAUCCCUGUAAAACCAUUUGUUGCCGUAACGACCUACGACCGAGGAGACCACGCCCCGGCGGUUGUUAUGACACUAAGGUGACUGACUACCAGAUGGCUCUUGAGCUGAGCGCAGAGGCGAUAAACGGCCCCACCACACAGGGGGGUCUGCGACCAUUCUCGUGGCACUCCUUCAACCUCACUACCCAUGAGGGUCUCCCUCAUGAGUACAACUUCUCCUUUGUCACCAUGAAACACCUUCUCAAACGGCCCUAAAUGCAAGAUUGUGGAAUGAUAAAAUGUUUUGUCAUUUUUUCUAUGGUAACAUUUGCUAAUCGGCAUUUACAGUUUGUUUGCAGGUUGGCUUGAGCACAAUUUGGACACAAUGCAAAGUGCUAUUCCCCCGAGGAAGGGGGCUGUUGACCUUUUCCUCCUGCAUCAUCACCCGCAAAUGUUAAUGUUUAACUGCAAUGAAACCACUCGAGGAUCGUUUAACAUGGCUUUUACUCAUUUUACAAUUGAGCCAAACAGUGGCGGAACAACUGUGAACAGGGUCCGGGUGCGAGAAGUAGAAACGGGCCACCCAAGGGGAACAUCCGCUGGGUGGGGGAUCCGAGGGGAUGAUUAUUCGCAGGCCCCUCCACUGUUUCAUGGGCCCUUCAGACGAUGGUCUGAUAUGUGGGGCAUUUAUAUUUAUAUUUAAGAUAUACAGUGCUGGCCAAAAGUAUUGGCACCUCUGCAAUUCUGUCAGAUAAUGCUCAAUUUCUCCCAGAAAAUGAUUGCAAUUACAAAUGCUUUGGUAGUAAUAUG